AUGGAUCAACCAAAUCACUUUGGCAAUGACAUGUACCGUGACGGGAGCGGGUUCAGAGGUUUUGGGAGUGACUCAGGGAGUGGCUUUGGAGAUGCGAUAAACCCCCUCAGCAAUGGAACUGGGCAUGGGAGGGAAGAUGGAAAUGGUGGUUUGGAGGGCAAUCGUCUUGUACACGUCUUGCUUCUGAAAUUUAACCUUCAAAACCGCUUUUCUGUCAUCAUCACAGCGUCUUUCAGUGUGGCAGCGUCGAUGUUGGUGAUAUUAAGUAUCAUGUAUGAGAGCUGGAAGUCGUCAAGGGAGGUCUACCGGCCGAAGAUGAGGAGGCGAUUCGAGAUGUUCCACUACAUUCUUCCAGCUCACUCUUUCCCUCUAAUUUUAUCAUUUGCGUCCAUUUGUCAAAGUUUGGUGUUGCUGGGUGUCCAGAGCACCGCGCUCAAAGACGUGUUUGCAAAAGGGUGUUCAGCCUCCUCACAAAUUACAUGGACAGUUGUGUGGGUCAUAGGUUAUGUUGUACUUGUAUUUACCUCGGAAGCUGUUAUUCGAAUUGUCAGGCCAUCUAGAUUUGCGGCCAAAGGCCGAUGGAACUCACGUAUAUGUUGGGUUCUUGUUGCUGUUAUGCUUCUCUUGACAUGGAUACCAUCCAGUGCGAACACCAAAAAGAGAGAGAGGUGUUUGGCGACCUUAUUACAAUUGACCGCGCACUGGUCUGACAUCGGCUUGGGGCUAACCAUCAGUCUAAUUGUCUGCUACAUCGUGAAUGGGACCACCUUGUCAAUAAGGCUGUGGAGGACUGCGCAACUCGAUGCCCACGAUCGAAUUGCCGCCAGCAGCAUCGUGUAUUACCUGGCCGGCACGACCAUCGUUUUUACCCUAGUUCUCCCGUUCUGGGUACAAGACACGUUUUGGCGAAUAGCGAACAACUCUUCGACUCUGAUGGGCUCCGUGGCCUUGAAUUCGUUCGGUAUUGUCUACGCUUUUAUCUACCUUCUCUUGCGUGCGAAUGGAGGGAACAUGAUGAUCGGCCCAGGCACCAAGGCAUGGAUGAAGCACUCUCUGAAAAGAGUCGACUCAACAGAGCUUGCUCUAGAGGCUCAAAUUACAACACCCAUUGUUACGGAAGAUCCCAAAAGGCCUUACUUUGAAAAAGAGGUCUAUUUUCCUCCUGAUAACGACCGACUCGAGGAAACAGGGCCAAUGAAGCCUCAACCGACUUUGAACCAAGUCCCUGCGCCGCGACACCGUGCUAGGCAUUCAAGAAAGCCGUCCAACUAUUCCUUAUUCCCGGCGAGAGAUUCCUCCCGCCAAACAAGACGAUUUAUUUUGAACUUUAAUACGAGUCGUGAGGAUAUACUAGCUCCUCCUCGACCAAGUUAUGCACGCCAUCGACGCUUCUCCUCUGACAUCAGUGCAGCCACGGUGCAAAUCGGCCUUCGACUCAGCAACAUCGCAAUGCCUGGGCCUAUGCAACAUCAAAACUCUUCAACAAUGACCCUACCCUUUUCUCUCGUCCAAGAUGUGCCCCCCGUUCAUUCAUCACCCAACAAUGGCUCAACUCCAACAGCUUCAAGAUUCCAAGGCUUAUGGAGCGAUCCGAAGCCCUUUGGUGAACUCUCAGCAGGUCCCCCAAUCGAUGGAGAUGAUAGUAUGAGCAGAGUAUCGCCCAAAAGGCAAAAUACACCAAGCCCAGAAUUCAUCGGUCAAGACCCACGACAACGGAGCCCUCCAACGAAGCGGCGGAUAGACCCGCCCUGCAUCAAUAAAAAUCUUCCCCCCACCCCAUCAUCGGCCACUUCAGCCGAUACUACUUUCUCUAGCCAGUCAUUCCUCUUAGCUGAUCCGGCCUUCGCAUCUCCUCCGCCAUUACAACCUCUCUGGUCACCUCCCGACCCAUUAUCCAUCUUACCAAACAAAACUUUCAGGGAGCCUGAUCACUGGAUUUAG